AUGAACUCUCUGCUCGCCUAUACAAUAUUAUUUACUGUUAUGCUGUGUGCAAAUGCCCAGCUGGGGCUAGGACUCUAUGGAUCUCCCUACGGAUUGUAUGGACCUGGCUACGGUUUCGGACCUUAUGGAUUGUACAGUCCCUACAGCCCAAUCAGAACAGCCAUCGCAGCAUCGUUACUCACUGGUGCUUUUGGCAAAUAA